CCCAGAUCUUUAACUGCACUAUGACCCUUCAUGAUAUCCCAAUGACAUUGAACCCAUUUUGAUACCAUUUCAGGGCCUUAAACAGUCAGUGAUCAUUCGGCACGUCCGUUCUGAUCGUCUUUCUGUUACAUUGCAACGAUAAUCAUUCCAUUUACUCUCAAGAGCCUCAUAUUGCGCUUGGACGUGUUCGGGUGUUCCAACACUGUUUCAAGCCCUUGAGCCUUACCUUAUUAAAGAAAUUGCUAGUCAAUACUUUGUAGAAGUAGAGAAAACAAAGUCGCAUUAUUUGCGCCACAAAAUGCCCGAUAUGAGUCUUGGAGAGAUUUCACCCAAACUGGGACAGAAAUCUGACUGGCGUGACUGGCUUCGAGCGGUAACGCAAGAAGCGGACCGCCUGGACCUAGUCCAAUACUUCAACAACGUGCUGAACGGCAAUGCGGCAGGGAUUCCGAACCAACCCAACAACAACGACCGCAAGCUCCAGCAGAAUUGGCGAGAUUUGAAGAACGUGAUCAUCAAGUCGCUCAAAGGUGCAGCCGCAGCACAUAUGAAGGAUCAGGAUACCACUGUAAUGAACGCUGGUGAAGUGGUAACAAACCUCCGUGACGCUGGUUUCAGUCAAAAUGACCGCACAGAGCAGCGAAUCUCUGCUAAAGCGUUGGAAGGGAUGCAUUUCACGAACAGUGAUUCUCCUCCAGACGUUCCAACAUUCUUGGCGAAGGUUAGAGAUGUCAUGAACCAAUCUCCGACCGUAUACCCGCCGGAAGUUGGUGUGGCUGUUGCUGAUCAACAAAACGGAGCAAUCCUCGACAUUCUGCCAAAAAUGUUUUCCAAAGCAUUUCGACAGACAAUCGAGAGGAUGCAAGAAGAUGAACAUCUAACGUUCGUCCAAAUCGGUGACAGACUCACGAAACGGCUUCAAAGUUUGAUUGACUCUGGUGAGUACAAGAUCGAGAAUCCAUCUUUCGGCAAAGCUUUUCCAGCUGUCGAAGAUUCCGAUGAUGAAAACCAGAACAAUAACAAAACCAAGAAGCGUAAACGUCAAGAUGAGAGUGAUGACGAUGGUAACGCGUUUGCCGCUCUCAAGAAAACAACGAUCAAACGACUUCGCAAGAAGAUUCGCAAAGAAAUCAAGAACGAGGUCUACGCAACAAAAGGAAGUGGAAAGAGUAGUAGUAGUAGUUCUAGUAGUAAGAAGAACAAAGGAAAUGGCAAAGGUAAAGGUGCUAAGAACUCAAAUCCUAAUGAGGGCAUCCAGUGCAACUAUUGUCACAAAUAUGGACAUAAGGCGCACAAAUGCUGGCUAAACCCGAUGAGUCAAAGCUACCAACCUAACAAAGCCAUGGGCAGCAACUUCUUCAACAAUUCAUACAACUGUUGGCCGCAAGGUAACACUAUCCCUCCGUGGCACCAGAACAACUAUCCACCGCAACAAAGUGGAGGAAAAGGAUUCGACAACGGUAACCCACAGCAGCAAUGGGGUGGACAACAACCACAACGCUGA